AUGGCUUCACAAUCGCAGCCCGUCCCUGAGGGGAUGGAGAACUUCGUCGUCGGACUGAUUGGUAUGGGCGACAUGGGCAAGAUGUAUGCCGAAAGGCUGUCUGCCGCUGGCUGGAGCGCAUUUGGCUCGAGCAUUGUUCAGGGACGCCUGGUGUCCGUUAUGGCCAUCAGAAUCGGACCUGUGCUCUCAAUGAUGUAA